UCCCAAUGACAAUCCUUCCGGAGAUGAUGUCAUGACGAUUGAUGACAUGAUUAGCAGAUCAGAGAGGAUUCCUGCUUGGUGGCACACAGCUUUAACCGGAGAGGUUCUUCACACCUUCACAAUUCUUACAACUUGUUCUUCUUCAGCUUUGGAAUGGCUUCAUGAUAGAAUGCCUGUAAUCUUAAGAGACACUGGUUCAAUUGAUCUCUGGUUAAAUGAUUCCAUGGCCAAACAUGAAACAGUCCUUGGGCCUUGUGAAGAUCUUGAUCUAGUUUGGUAUCCCGUGACGCCUGCAAUGGGUAAACCAUCCUUUGAUGGGCCUGAAUGUAGUAAAGAGAUACAGCUGAAAGCUUCCGGUGAAAAACCGUUAUCAACGUUCUUCACAAAGAAAUCUGAAGUUAAAUGCGAACCAGAGCCUGAAUUACUGAAAUCAUCCAAACAAGAACAUGAUCCCUGCAAUUUGAAGGAAGAACCAGGUUCAGAUGAUGUUGAGCAAAAAGUCACCGACGAGGAGGAGGAUAACAAAAAGCCUGAAAUUUCUUGUGUCAAAAGAGGAUUGGAGGAAAUGGAGAACCCUUCUCAACCAAAGCACGAGAAUUUACAACGCAACCAAACAAGUCCAGUGAAGAAGAAGGUGAAAAGCGUAAAGAAUACAGAUGAUAAGCAAUCAUCUCUGCUUUCUUAUUUUGGGAGAAGUUAGGGCAGUCUCUUAUCGUAGCUCGUUUUGUGCAUGUAAUUAUAUGUGAUGCUUUGCAUUUUCCAUCAAAACACACUUUGCCUUUUGUUUUGGAGAAUACCAAACGUGUUAAGUGGAUAUCUGUUUCAGUCAAAAAAUGUGAUGAACUUUUCUUGUC